GUAAUUGGAUAGGAUAAAUGAACUAAAAGUUCUCUCUCCUAAAUGGAGGCAGCCUCUUAUUUCAGUAAGUAAAAACCAAAAGUUGACCCAGUGCAGGAGAACAAAUUCAUCUGUUCAUACAGCGCCCGGACUCUGAAUGGUUGAGCAUUAAGCAGGGCUGUGAAAAGAGAUUUCUUUCUAGAAGCUUCUUCUGCUUUCCUAGAAAGGUCGCAUACAACAUGCUUCGGUUUCAUACUGCUCACAUUGUUUAGCAAAGCAACACUGGAAAAAAAUGAUUCCUGAAUGUGGGGUUACACGUUUCAGUUGCCCUCUCCGCAGUCACGUCAGCAUCACGCUGUAUGGUUUGUGAGUGAGCCCGUUUGCAUGCUCACACCUCACGAGGCCUUGGGUUUUCACCAGCAGCAGCCAUUUGUGGCAGUUAAAAUCCCCCCCCCCCCCCAAAAAUGAACCCUUUGCAGCCUCGUGGCACCCAGUGUUUGGCCUCCAGGUGUUUGGCCAAAAGCACGGGGCAGCUUUGGAGUCACACUCAUGGGCCGUGCAGAGCAGUAGUGUGACAGGAGAACGUGGUACCAAGGGGUGGCUGCAGCUCUGCCUGCCAGUCUGUUGGACUCAGGGUGUAGCAGAGUAAGGAGCAGUUCGUUCUUUCCAUCCUCCAAAUGUAAACCAUUAAUUUUCCUUGUAGUGUUGUCUGUACUGGACAUUGAAGUUUCUUGAUGGUGAUGUAAGAGAACGUAGAGUGCUUUGGAGUGUUGUGUAGUGCAGCCUUUAAUUGAAGUAAGUUUGUUUUUUUGUUUUUCCCUCAGAGUCCAGUGUGUUACUCUUGUUAAUGCCAGCUUGAUUUCCUCUUUGAUACAAUUAAGAAAAACCAUGUGAUCUGAAUGUCACUCGCUUCAGAGAACUCUAAAUCUCGACUCGUAUCCCCUAGGAAACUCAGAGGGUCAGGCUCCUAAGCAGAGUCAGUUUAUCCUCAUGGCCAAAUGCGGUGUGGAUGGAAGGGCCCAGGGACUCUAAAAUGGGUUUGCACUGGCACUUUGCUGCUGGAAAGGGUAGGAAAGGCAGGGAGCAGCAGGCAGCUGCAUCGGUGUGAACGUGGUGGAGCUACGAAGGAAUUUCCCCAAGCUGCUUCAGCUCUGGGUUCCUCAGGUGCCUUCCAGUAGGCUUCUCCAGCAAACACAGCCCCUAAAAGCGAAGCCCUUUAGGACACAGCAUCAGGACCCUUUCCCAGCUGGGGUGGGGAGAAGGCAAGCGAGCUGCUGCUUUUGUGGUGCUCAGCACGCAGCUGUAGAGCAGGCUGAAAGCUUGGUGACUCGCCCUGCCUUAAAUGGACAGGCCAAAAAGAAAUCGUCCCUGUUACGACUCCCUGAAAGUCCUGUUCCCAACAUGCAGGGGUCAGGGAGAGCAGAAGGGGCCUUGGUUUUCUGUUGGUGGAACUGAACCCAAAAAAAGCCCCACUGCUGCCAUCUCGUCAGCAGUCGAUUGAAGCUAUUUGACCUAAUCUGUUCCUCAUCAGUGACUUCCUUUCUGGAAAUGUGCUAAUGGAAUAUUUCCCGAUCUGUUAUGAUUUUUUUUAACGUUGGUGUUAAACUGAGCUCUUUUUUUAUGUGUGUAUAUAUAUAUGAAACCAAGGUUGAACUACUGCAUGAUUAGCCCAUAAAGAAAUGUUGGUAAUUCUUUGCAUCUGAAAUUUUAAUCACUGUAAAAGCACACAUUCAUUGUGGUUUCCUUUUCUGCUUACUGUACGCAUGUUUUCACUUGUUCUCAAGUCUUAUUUUCAAAGUUUUCAGUUGAGGGUAAGUAGAGAUGAGUUCUUCCCCCCCUCCCUCUUUAGGCUGUUGAGAGCAAACCAGCUAAGAGUACCAGCGUGGCUCUUCUCAGGCAAUUUGUCCUACCCAAAUUCAGACCAGGAAGGAGAAACAAAACAAAAGGGAGGGGGGAGGUGUUGCAAACAGAAAAGAAAGAACGCUGCUGGCGUUGGAAGAGGCAUUUUUCUCGGGUCGGUGCUGUAGGUUACGUGCACCACAGCUCGGGGUGCAGCAGUUGCAGUUACUGUGAGGCUUAAUGAAGUGGUGCAACAACCCCCUCUUCAUUGCGACUCCUCCGGCCAGUCGGAAUGCUACGUGUUGUGCCCAUGUUACACUGGUUUCUCUGAACCCUCUCAUGUUAUGCAGACCUAAGUUCCAUUGCAUGACUUGCUGACCGGUUUUCUGUUUUGCUUUCUGUUCUUUAAUGCUUGUUCCGUGUGGGGGGGGGAGGAGGGGUGGCCUGGAGAGCAUCGCAGCCCCUGGCUAAGCUGGACACAAAUUGCCUGAGAAGUGCUGUCGAGUGGCUUUCCGUGAGUGGGGGUUUAGCUCUUGUAGCUGGGUUUCUUCUUAACUCAAUCUCAAAUAAUAGGGCUCUGGUUAUUUUGCAGAGUGUCUCUGAAGAAUGGACAGAAUUGCCAUGGCUAACUACAAGCUACAGUUCACAGUGGACAAACGUUGUAGUUUUCUUAUUUACUUUUAUAAAUAUUUUCUUUUUUUUUUUUCUUUUUCCUUCUUUUUUUUUUUUGUUAUUAUUUUUUACAAUAUCUUGUAGUUUCCAAUCAGUCCUGUAUGAUUGCUGUUGUACAAACGCGCUUUGAAUUAUUUGUAAUGUCUAGUUUAAAACGUGAAUGUUUCGGUGUUUUCUUCAAUAAUUUCUGAAAAUGUCAAUCUCUCAAAAUUUACAGCUGCCCACAGUCCCAAAAGGGGGUCACGAAUUGACCAGAGAAAAUUAAAGAAUUCAGUUAACAGGCGACAGAUGCACGGGUGGUUAAGGACAUGGCAACGGGCAAAUCCAAAGGCUAUGGCUUCGUCUCCUUCUUCAAUAAAUGGGAUGCAGAGAAUGCUAUUCAGCAGAUGGGCGGCCAGUGGCUCGGUGGAAGGCAAAUCAGAACAAACUGGGCAACGAGAAAACCUCCAGCUCCAAAGAGUACAUACGAAUCAAACACCAAACAACUGUCUUACGAUGACGUGGUCAAUCAGUCCAGCCCCAGCAACUGCACCGUGUACUGUGGAGGCGUCACUUCAGGCCUGACAGAGCAGUUAAUGCGCCAGACCUUCUCUCCAUUCGGGCAGAUAAUGGAAAUCCGAGUCUUCCCAGAUAAAGGCUACUCCUUUGUACGGUUUAAUUCUCACGAGAGCGCCGCGCACGCCAUCGUCUCUGUCAAUGGGACGACUAUCGAGGGCCACGUGGUGAAGUGCUACUGGGGGAAGGAGACGCCUGACAUGGUCAGCCCGGUGCAGCAGAAUCAAAUUGGAUACCCUCAGGCUUACGGGCAGUGGGGGCAGUGGUAUGGCAACGCGCAGCUGGGGCAGUACGUGCCCAACGGGUGGCAGGUCCCCGCCUAUGGGAUGUAUGGGCAAGCGUGGAACCAGCAGGGCUUCAAUCAGACACAGUCAUCAGCAGCGUGGAUGGGAGCAAACUACAGCGUUCAGCCCCCCCAGGGGCAGAAUGGCAGCGUGCUGACAAACCAGGCCGGGUACCGAGUGGCAGGAUUUGAGACACAGUGAGAACCCAACGCCGCAGCUGGGUGCUGGUGGGGCUCGAGCAGCGUCACAGAGAUGUGUCAGAUCAAGUCAGUGCAAGCAUCAGAUGCAAUGUAUUUAUUUAAGAGAAAGAAAGAAAAGAAAAAGGAAAAAAAAAAAAACAUUUUU